AUGGCAGAAGUUCCAUGUUCGGCGUGUACCUGGACACCCAAAAGACAAUCCCUCUGCUCAUACGAAAGCCAUGUCAGCAUCUUCUACAGUGCCAGCAACAGAGCAGCCUGGUCCCUAGGCUCGAAAUACAUCCUGAAAGAGCGAGGGACCGACGGUCCCAAUUACGAAAGCGCCAAUCUAAAGUUCCUCUCAUCGAAAACCACAAUUCCAAUCCCCGAGCAACUGGAAGAAUGGAAAGAAGAUAACGGGAGAUACUUUCAAAUCAUGAAGCGUAUGAGAGGCAAGCCGCUCGAGCAAGCCUGGCCUACAAUGUCCCAGGAAGAAAGAGAGCGAGUCGCAAGCCAGACCGCCGAGUACCUGAAGCAGCUUCGAGGACUGCAUUCUGAUCGAAUGGAAGCUCUUGGUGGUCAGCCUAUUUAUAGCGCCUUUCUGUUUGGAGGGGAUCAUCGCAAGGGACAUGGUCCUUUGUCGUCUGAUGAUGAACUGUGGGCGGAGAUGUCGGAGCGUCUUGCUCAUGUCCCUGAGGAGGUGCGAGCGAAGCUGCGAGAGCGUCUUCCUGCUGCGGCGCCUUAUACCUUUACUCAUGGUGACCUGACGGAUGUGAACAUUAUGGUCGAGGAUGGUAAUUUGGUUGGUAUUAUUGAUUGGGAGGGAGCGGGAUAUUACCCUGUUUGGUGGGAGUUCGCUGCUCUGUCACUUGGGCUGGGGGAAGUUGAUUGUCAAUGGAAACGAAUGCUCAGGGAGUAUAUGCCUACCCAAGACCGUGAAUUCUAUUUGAUUCUCUGGGCAUUGCGAGAUUAUCCUCAGCUGAAUGAGACAGCUCAGAAGUUCUUUGAUGAAGCCGGGCUCGAAUUGCCGGCCGUUGAAGCUGUUGGUACGGAGUAG